CUUCUUUAUCCUUAUUAUCUUAAAUGCACGCUUCUGUUUAUAUUUCUGGGUAUACAAACAAUGUCAGUGUUGGUAUUUACCAUUAUGGUUUUGAUACAAACACGGGUAUCUUGACUCCCAAGGGAUUGGCAGUAGAGAGUGUCAACCCUUCUUAUUUUACUACCAGUAACAACCAUUUGUUUGCUGUAAAUGAAGUACCUCUUUACAAUGGUGCUAACACGGGUUAUGUCUCCUCUUACAGUCGCAACAAGAAAACGGGUGAAUUGACCUUAAUGAAUGAACAACCAUCGGGUGGUGAAGAUCCUUGUUAUGCUGUUUGUGACGUGACUGGAAACUUUUUGUUGGUUGCCAACUACAAUGGUGGUUCUGCUGCCGUCUUGCCUAUUAGCGAUAAAGACGGAGAAUUGGGAGCUAUUGUUUCCAACCCUUUCGAUAGUCAAUGGUACAAUGCUACAGGCGGAGUUCCUGACCGUCAAGAAAAACCUCAUGUGCACUCGAUUGAUUUGGACCCUGUCGGACAACGCUAUGCAUUCACCAAUGAUCUUGGUUGUGAUCGAUUGAUAACCUACAAAUUUGAUCGUAAAAAGACGGGAUCUUUAACGCGUCAUUCUGAUUUCCAAUUUCCUAUUGGAAGUGGUCCUCGUCAUAUCAAGUUCGCUCCCAAUAAUAACAACUUUGCCUACGUUAUAUCUGAGCUAUCCAAUGAUGUGUUUAUGCUCGAAUUUGAUUUCCAUAAAGGAAAGUUUAAUCUCGUACAAAAGAUUCAUGCCUUACCCGAGGAUUUCCAGGGUGAGAAUCUCGGUUCUGAAAUCGAUAUUCCCGCCAACGGUAAAUUUUUGUAUGUUUCUAUGCGCGGCUAUGAUGUCAUUACCAUCUUUAAGAUUGAUCAGGCUACUGGUAAAUUGAAGACAGUAGGUUACCAGAACACAGGAGGAAAGCAUCCUCGUCAUUUUACUUUUGAUCCCACUGGUUCCUUCUUGCUUGUUGGUAACAAGGAUACCGACAAUGUCGUUGUCUUCAAGAUGGAUAAACAUACCGGUUUAUUGAAACAAGUCUCUAGCGUUGAACAUGUUCAACCUACAUGUGUUAAAUUCUGGGCUUAAUAUAUAGAAAUAUUUAUUUAUAGUAUUUAUAUUAUCCACGCUGGGAUGUGAGUAAUUCUUGCAUUCUUUGUUGUGUCUAAUUACAAAGUAUUAAUCAUCAUUAUUCAUCCCAAAAUAAAAAUAUACGUCCACUUA